AUGUCUCGAAAUUAUCACUUGGACCUUUAUCUAAGCAACGGAAAAGCCUUCUGCUCGUUUCCGUCAUCAUCAUCCAUAUCAACACAUGAAGAAUUAGUAUUGUUUUUGGAGAGAGAAUACGAAAAGUUUUAUCCUACAGAGGACAGUAUUUCGAUAAAAGCCAUUCAACACUUGUAUUUGGAUAAAGAAUCGGGAAUGCCAGUGAAAUUUGAAUUACCCACAAAUUGGGAAGAUCUUUCAUCGAAAUUGCAAGUUAAAUCUAAAAUAAUUGAAGUAAUCUGUGGAAAUAAUCCAUCUUUGUUUUUGCAAGUGGAGAAGAGUGAGAAUAGACAUGAGCAAUACAACGAUAUUGUUUCUCCUGUUCCGGGCUCGGUCCGAAAGAAAGCUGUGGAAAAUUCAGUCAUUACUUCUGUGGCUUCUUCUCUCUCGUUUAAUGGAGGCAAGAAUUUACAUUCGAAUGCCAGCAAUGGUAUUAACAAUUUAACACUUCCUGAAGCCGUACCAAAUGAUGAUAGUGCUGCUGAUGAAAAAGUGGUUAUUUUCGCUGAAGAUGAUGAUACGGUCUUUGAUGACGCUCUUGCGAAGAUGGAAAUGAAAGCAUCACAAGGCAGUCAACUUGUAAAUACCAAUGAGCCAUCGUCGUCAAGUCAACUUGUGGAUUCUGUUCCGGAGGUAAUUGACGUAAUCACCACCAAUUCAGAUACCAACACUGCUGCAGCAGUGACAAACGACAACAAACCUAUGGCUAUUGACAAUGUAAAUGAUAAACCCAAUGAUGCAACGACUGUCGUACCUAUGGACACAAAAGAUGACAACAAACAAGAGAAUGAGGACGAAGAGUACAUUUUCUCAAUAGAAUCUGACGAUCUUAAUGAACAGCCACUUUUCUCUUCUGAAAAGCAGGCGGCUUCUAUCGCUUGUGUGUCACCAGUAAUGGAUGCUUCCUAUGAAGAUAAUCAAAUAGAUGAAGAGCAAAAAGCAUCCCAAAAAACCACUCCUGUUCAACAAGAACAAACGAAAGAAGAUAGCAAUUUGAUGGUUGACGAAGGCGAGGAUGAAGAAUUACAGCAACUAGCCGUCAACGACAAUAUUCUAUUUACUCAAAACCCUACCUUGGAACUACCAGAAGAAGAACCUGUGACAUCUUCUCCAGAAGAGAGAAAACACGAAAAACUUUCCCAAACACCACAAUCCAAAAACGUCACACCAAGCAAAGCAUCUGAGAAAAACAUCAGACCUACACCUCAAACAACUGAAUUGGUUAAGGAAGUGCACUCAAAACCCUUUUCCUUUGCAUCUAUUUUCGCUCAAAAAUCUGACACCAAAUCUUUAGCAGCUCCUUCAUCACAAGAACGUUCUUCCUCUCAGAAACACUCCCAAGAACACAAUUCUACUACCUCAUCAGCAACACCAUCUAAAAAGUCAUCCCAACAAGAUCAAACAAAUGUCAAUACUCCUAAACAAUCCUCUCAGCGAAAAGAUGAAGAACAUCAAACAUUAUCACAAUCUCUCCAACCAUUCACCCCCAGUACACCUAUUUCUCUUUUGCAAAGAAUUAAGAACUGCAAAACACCCAAUCCUUCUUCAUCUCAGCAAAGCACAAAGGAUCUAGACUCGGCAAUGAAAUCGAAAAGUGCAUCCAAAAUUCAGAAAAACAAAUCAAAACUGGCCGAGAAGGUUGUAAAAGAUGCUCUAUUGAAAUGGAACCAAAAGAAAAAGAAAUAA